AUGGCCGCACUCCUACUCAACGAACCUCCGGAGCUAGCGGAGAGGAAGGACCCGGUGCUGGUUGCUCAGUCACCGCAAGCUGCCAUUAGCUUGCUUCGGCAGCUGGCGCCCAAAAAUACGCUACCUAUGGAGAUGUGGCAGAGACUCAUAGAUGUGUUUGGGCAGAACGAGGGUGUGAACGGCUGCGGCUUGGAAAAACCAGAGGAAGAAGGUGUUUCUGCUGAAGCUGACCUGGGACAUGGCACCGGUGUCGCGAUGGACGACUCUUAUCAGACCUUGAACGAUGGCGACGAUUGUCGAAGACAACUCAACAACUAUCAUCCGUUUGAACCGUGCUUGGGACCUAGGUUCACUGAUGCGCAGAACACCGAUCAUAUUGAAAGCACGAGUAAGCGCAGGGCCGGUACCGAAAAAUCAAUUGCACCGAAACGAAAGUCUCGGUCGACUAAGAAGGAGCUGCAAAUGAUCAGGCUGUUAAAAGCAAGGUGUCAGGCGCAAGGAGAACAGCUGGCCAGAACUUUCAAAAGAAAAGAGCACCCCAGUGGGCCGAGCGGAGUAGGGCGUAAGGCGAAAAGAACAAAGCCAAGUCCUUGCGUUCCGGCAUGCGACAAAAGCUUUGAUACCGAAUUUGACGAUGCAGAGCGGCCGUUCGCGAAGGCUAUCAUGCAAACGGAAGGAUCCCGGCGCAAGCAGCGUAAGCUCAAUACUGCCAAAGUCAAGGACAUUAUCGUCAAGGUUCAGGCAUUGGCCAACGAUGACGUUUUGAGACAGUGCCGCGAUAUUGUCUCGUAUUGGCGACGUUCUGGAUCACUCGUGAGCGCGCCCGCCUUGCCCGCAAAUGAAAACGGGGAGAGGAGAAAAAGAUCUGAAGCCGUAACAGCCAUAAAAGAGUUGAGACAAUGGUAUCACGUCGUUUACGAUAUGAGCGAGAACAGCACUGUUGCCGAUCUGACGUACCGUAUCUGGCAUGCGGAGCUGGGUCGGGAGUAUGAGAAACUCCGCGUGCGCUACUCCUCUACCCAUGCCAGCAAACGGUUGUUUUGGCAACUACACCCCGAGCUUAUCGCCGGCCAUGACAUGUCGCACGUGGCUCCUUCUAUUCGUUAUCCCGAUCCAUGGAAGAGCUUCGAAAAACGCCUGAGAAAGUCACGACGUUGGUACCAGAUUGCCUGCAAACUAGGAUGGAGCAUCUUCUUUCUCUUUGCCCGAAAUGCUAUCCCACACUCCUGGGUCGAAGAAUGCGCCAAAGACGAGCUGGAUGCGUGGACAGUGGCGAUACAAACUUGCAGACCUGAAAUCUGGCUCGAUUCUACGAGGCGCGAGUCCGCCCAGAACGUUAUCCAUUGA